GUAAACAGACCCUGAUAUUGGGCUGUGAUUUGCAGCACAUGAUCAAGAGACGGCUUAGGGAUUUGGCAGCAGUGGAUGGAGACAUUCAGAGCCGUUGUGAUGUGUUCUUGUGCGCAAAGAUUAACAACCAUCAGAUCAGUUCCACUGUGGGAAGCCUCAAAACAUUGUGGGAUAUAGGAACUAAACUAGUCAAUGGCCAUCAAAGGAUCUGUUUCACUUCAGUAUUUUCCAAAGCUCAAUUUUAAGAAUUCAAAUUACAACUACAUGGACAAUGAGAAAAGUUGAGUUUCCGAAGACAAGCUCAGGUGUCAUGAUUCCCACAACGCAACAGAUUUCGACGGAACAGUCCCCAGUCCAAGCUCCCCCCGUGUUCCUCCGAAAGCUGAGGAAGGCUGCUGUUGCUGCCGGUUGUGAUGUCCGCCUGAGUGUGGCUGUGGGAGGCUACCCGAGGCCCAUUCUGCAUUGGUAUCGAAAUGAUGAACCUCUGAUGUCGGAUGUUCAGGAUUAUGGAGGUCUGUGGAUAAGAGACUGUCAGCUGGUUCAUGGGGGUCUUUACACCUGUGUUGCUCUUAAUAACCUGGGUGAGGCAAGAACCAGUGCUGUCCUUGUUGUGCUGGACCUUGGAGAAGACUCUGACAACACCGAGGAUGAAAGUGGGGAACCUCAGUUCUCCAUGGAAACAAAGAAACAGUCAGUAUCUCCCCGAGGGCAAGCAGUUGACAGUCAACCCACAAGGAGUGGAGGGACAAUGGUUUCCCAUAUCCCAUGUCACGGUCUAGUUGUGGAGAGGGAGAUGCGCACACUGGGCUGCAGAGCUCCUGGUCUUCAGGAUCCCCUGCCCCCUGGCAGGGCCCCAUUGGACUUUAUAACAAGAAGAGCUUCACCAUUUGUUCAAACCCAUCCAUUCCAAAAAGACCAAAGUCAUGUAGAUCUAACUACAGAUUCAACAACUGCCCACAAUGGCACCAAAACUGCAGUAAACGGAUCUGAGCACUCUGUUAAAACCACAUUACCCUUAAAAUCCUCUCCUUCAUCCAAAAGCAGUGAUUCUCAAGGUGCAUCCUCCCCUCAAACUCCAAAACUGUCACGUGCAAGUUCCAAAAUUUUUGACAAAGUGCGAGCUUUUGAGGAAAGAAGACACAGCAUUGACAUACCAAAAGUGUCUUCAAGAGGCCCGUGGGGUUUCAAUCGAGCAUCAUCCAGUGAUUCUGAGGAUGCAGGGAGUAAAGCAGGGAGGCAAAAAGACAACUCCGACAGUGAUGUAGCACUAAAGAGAUCUUUAUUCAAGCAGAAAGCAUCCUCUCUUGAGGAACGGUCGAACUAUGUACAAAAAGUCCAGAACUUUCAGUGUAAAUUAUCGGAAGAGCUUUCCAGAAUAAAGAAACUUGUUGGAAAGACCAACAUCAAAAAAGCAUUUUCAAUGGAGCAGCUCUCCCAGACUGACAAGCAGUCUACCGGAACCGCUGAGGCAGUUCCAGCCCGGGUGAGUCAAACGUUUGAAGACACCAGAGAGAAUAAAGUCAUAAAUUCAAGCAAUUUAGAAAAAACUGAAGUGUUAUCUUUGCAAAACAAGGAAUUGUCAAAACAACAUGAACAGGAGUCAAAGAAUCCGGUAAGCAACCAGAGGGGGAAAAGUUCCAAGUCCAGGCAGUUGUUAGAUGAUGCAGUCCUCAGUGAUGGAGUCACUUUCAACAAAAUUCCUGGACGGUGUUCACCGAGUGUUCCAAAGAAAAAUGCUUCAAUUGCAUUACCAGAAACACCAGCAGAAAAAUCACCUGCCCGGUCAGUGCCCCAAGAGAAUUUGGUGCAAUCACCCCUAAAACCUCCAAGGCUGUUUGGUUCAUGCUCCACUCUCCCAAAGUCAAGUAAGGAGAGAGAUGAGAAAAAAGACUCAUCAUCUGUACCUAAAGUGAACAUACCGACUAUUGUGGUUGAACAUAAGCCUGUGGAGGUAGACAAAACAGAAAGUGACCAAAAGAAAGCUGACCUUGAGGAUAAAGUUGAAGGAAGGACAAAAUAUAGAACGAACAGAAGAAAAAUCCAUUCCAGUCACCCAGUAUCCAUUAAAAAAGGGGAUUCGUCAGAUGAUUCUGGCGAUUCUGCAGAGGAAGACCCAUCAGAGGCCCCUGUGUUUAAGCUUCCUCUUAAAGAUGUUGUAGCAGCUGUUGGAUCAGAGGUGAUACUGCAGUGCAUCAUCAGUGGAAACCCUAUCCCCGAAGACGCCCUUGCUGAACCAUGUCUGACAAUUACCAGGCCGGUGCAGGAUGUCAAUGUCAAGGCAGGAGAGAUGGCCUGGUUUGAGUGUUACAUGGCUGGGCCACAGGAUGUAGAUGUUGAUUGGCUGGCUAAUGGGAAGAUGAUACAGCCGGCACUCUUUGACUGUAAGAUGCAGUUUAAUGGACACCGAUGUCGUCUGCUACUUAAAUCUGUUCAUGAAGAUGACAGUGGAACAUACACCUGCAAACUUAGUUCAGAAAAAGAGGAGCUAAUGUGCACUGCUAAUCUUCUGGUGAUCCCAUCUAAGGAGCCACUGUUCACAUGGAAACUACAAGUACUGGAGGUCAUUGAGGGCCGGUCUGCACGAUUUGAUUGCAAAAUUAGCGGAACUCCCUCUCCUAAAGUUACCUGGACACAUUGUGAACAACCUGUGGUGGAGACUGAUAAUAUUCGUAUUCUCAAAGAGAAAGGACGACACUCACUGGUCAUCACUCAUGUUACCCAGGAGAACGAGGGGUUUUACACAGCUAUUGCUCGGAAUAUUCAUGGAAAAGCAGAGAGCUCGGCUGAACUCUUAGUACAGGAAUCACGGCCGGCCAUAUCUACACAUAUGUCAAGAUUAGAAAAGAUGCCAUCAAUCCCUGAGGAGCCUGAAGCGUUUGAGGGUGAGGUGGAACGCAGGGUGAUGCCAGACUUUAUAAAGCCACUCUGUGACCAGGAGGUCUUUGAAGGGAAAGAGGUGGUAAUAAAGUGCAGAGUUACAGGCCUACCAUACCCCACCAUCACCUGGUACCAUAACAGCAAGAAGAUAGAGAGCACUGAAGAGAGAAAAAUGACACAGUACAGGGAUGUCCAAAGUCUGGUUAUUCGCUCUGCGUGUCAUGGCCACAGUGGGGUGUAUAAAUGUGUAAUUUCCAAUAAAGUGGGCAAUGCUGCCUGCUAUGCACAUGUAUACGUAGCAGACAUCCUCCCUGAACCACCAGAUGGUCCUCCGGUAAUUGAAUCUGUAACUGGGAGAACAGUCUCACUGAGCUGGAAAAGACCAAAAAACCUAGACUCAUCUAUCGAUUCUGAUUCCCUCAUGUACGCUGUUCAACAACAAACUCUGGGUUCCAUUCAAUGGGAGACCGUUGCUUCAAGUCUAAGAGACACCUCUUACACGGUCACUUCACUUAAAAAAGGAGUGCGUUAUUCUUUCAGGAUCCUCAGUACCACUGGAAAGGCGUUCAGCAAACCCUCACAGCCUACUGACCUGGUUCAGCUUAUUGACAAAGGACAAUAUUUAUGCAAAGCUCCAAUCAUCUUGGAUAAGCCCGACACUGUCUAUGUAGUUGAGAACCAGCCUGUCACCCUCGCAGUUACCCUCAACCAUGUCCAAGCAACACCCACAUGGAAAAGGAGGGGAGUGGCACUGAUCAACAGACCCGGUGUAUUGGAGAUGACUAUGCCUGAUGAUGACCAGCAUGCCCUUUAUAUUGCCAAAGUAAAGAGCACAGAUGUAGGCCAACUCAUAUUCAUGGCAAAUAAUGAGUUUGGCAGUGAUCUUUGUACUCUACAGCUGGUAAUGGCAGUGCCCCCUGUGUUUGAGAUCAUCAUGGAGGACAUGGAUGUGUGUUUGGGGGAAACAGCUCGUUUCGUUGUAAUUGUAGAUGGAAAACCUGAGCCUGAUAUCCUAUGGUAUAAGGACAGUAUUCUUCUUGCAGAGAGUAGCCAUUAUACGUAUGUGUAUGAUGACAGAGAGAGCUCAUUGGUGAUUCACAAUGCUCAGCUUGAGGAUUUAGGGGUUUACACUUGCACUGCUAAGAACUUGGCUGGGUCAGUGUCCUGUAAGGCUGAACUUACUGUCCACACUGUCAAAAAUGUGGAAGAAGAUGAAGAGCCAAUAGAAGAUAAAGGCACAAUUCUACGGAGGAUGCGCAGGCUGACCGAUUACUACGGCAUACACAAAGAGAUCGGCAGGGGGGCAUUUGCAUAUGUCAAGAAAGUGACACAGAAAAAAGACAAAGUGGAUUAUGCAGCGAAGUUCAUCUCUACACGAAUAAAAAGAAAGAGUUCCGCCCUAAGAGAGAUGGCCCUUCUGUCAGAGUUAGACCAUGAGAAGAUUGUCUACUUCCACGAUGCAUUCGAAAAGAAGCAUUUAUUAGUCAUCAUUACUGAACUAUGUCAUGAACAAUUUUUGGAAAGAAUAGUUAAAAGAGCAACUAUUAUGGAAUCUGAGAUUCGGUCUAUCAUACAGCAGCUUCUUAAGGGUAUCAGCUAUCUUCACCAAAAUAACAUAAUUCACCUGGAUAUAAAGCCUGAAAACAUCCUCAUGGCUGACCGAAGAAGUGACGACAUUCGUAUUUGUGAUUUUGGCAAUGCUGUGAAAAUCACACCAAAUGAAGAACUGUACUGCAAAUACGGCACACCAGAAUUUAUUGCACCUGAGAUUGUAAACCAAUCACCCAUCUCGAAAUCUACAGACAUCUGGCCAGUAGGAGUAAUAACUUAUUUAUGCUUAACUGGAGUUUCUCCAUUUGCUGGGGAAAAUGACCGUGACACUCUGCUGAACAUCAGGAACUAUAAUAUUGCAUUUGAGGAGAGCAUGUUCAAAGACCUUUGCAGAGAAGCGAAAGGAUUUAUUAUAAAACUCCUUGUAGCAGGCAGACUGAGACCUGAUACCACAGGAUGUCUUCGUCACUCCUGGUUCAAAGCCCUGGCAACGGGAAAUAACAUCAAUACAACACUACAUAAACAAGUGCUAGCCAGACGGAAAUGGCAGUGUUCACUUAUCAGAUACAAGUCCAAAAUGGUGAUGAGGUCCAUUCCAGAACUCCUGGAUGACUCCUCUAGUCACGUGUCCCUUGCUGUCCCUAGAAACCUUAAAGAGGGCUCGUCACCUCCAUCCUCGUCUUCUGAUGAGGAUAUUGAUGAGCUUCCUUUCAUCCCAAUGCCGCUGACAAUGAUGUUCUCUGGUUCCCGGAUGUCUCUGACUGAGAUCCAUGAGGAUGAUGAUAAUAUUAGUGGAGGAUCCCAGUUCUAUCAUCAGUCAGAGAACAUAGAGGGCCAGUCAUCCGAUGGACAUAAGGAUGAACACCAACUGGAGAUUGCUGACAACUCGAUGGAAUUCCAGCAAACGGGUUCCAGUGUAGAAGAUCAACAGGUAACAAGCAAGUCCAGAAGAGCGAUGAUGCGAAGAGGAAGUUCUGCCGACAGCGCGCUUCUUCUGCACAUCACACCAGAAUAUGAUGAUUUAAAGGAAACCGUGGAGGACAACCAAAAGAACAUGAAAAAGGCUGUUUCCAUGGAGCUUCCAAACAGAAGCAAUAGUCCAAAGGCAAGCAAGCUUAGCAAGGAAGAUUAUGCUUUGAAACUAGAGCUUAUGAGGCAGAGGCUACUAAGGGGAGGUUCUGUCGACAAGAACAUGAGUGGACUUCGUGGCCCCCUGCUGGAGACGUUGGGUGUUAAUGAUGGGGCCAACUCUUUGGAUCUAAACUUGAGACGUGCAAGGUCGAGUGCUUCAGGACUUUCUCGAGCAUCCUCCACUGACAGCUCUGAGGAAAUUUGUUUGAAAAUGACUGCAUCAAAGAAGAGUGCUUCUUUUAGUCAUGAAGACUCAGACAAGAUUUCAUUGCACAGGAGAUCUGGAGGUCCGUUAGAGAUUCCUUUCAUUCCUGCUGACGAUCGCAAUAAACAGAAUGAUAUGUCUGUAAUCACAGAUAAAAUCGUGGCUGACCUUCUGCCUGACGUUAAACCUCCAACUUCUGACGUAGAUGACAAACCUAUGAUUGAGGAAAAGGCUAUUAUAGAUAUCCAAUGUAUCACCACUUUUCACGAUGUACCUAGAUCAGAUGAAACGGAGAAAAUGAAGGACCAUACAUUCUUUCAAGACAACCUAUCAGGGGAGAAUAAUGAAGGUGUUGAAUCACCUCUAGAUAUACUACCACAUGACAAAGAAUCAAACUUUUCUUAUACAUUGCAGGUAAAUGAUAGGGAGGAUGUCACAGCGCCACCCACCCAACUUACCACAGAACAUCCAGCUGUUUUUGCAAAAGUGGCACCAGGCUCCUCUAUAUCCCAACCAACUCUUAGAACCGAUAUCAAAAAUAUAGAUUCCGAGGAAAUAUUCGAGACAAGGUUUAAAAAGAGAGAAUCAUCUUUGACACGUGGCAUUAAACGACUAACAAGAGCCAAGUCUGAAGAAAAGUCACCAGUUUUCCCUCGAAAGCCAGCUGAAGACGUUUAUCGGCGUGGUCCAGUAGGUGCGCCAUUGGAAUUGGUGCCUAGAGGACUACAACAUAAGUCUAAGUCUGUCCAAGACCUCAGAGAGGUGGAAAGAGAGUCCGGGUUCGGAAUUAUCGGAAGAUUUUCUAUGCGUUCAAGGAAAUCACAAAUAAGUGAUAAAAAAGUGGAGUCCUCAGAUUCUGCAGCUUCCAAGCAUCGAGUGACUUGGGCCUUAGGUCUUAGCAAGUCACUUGAUAAAAAAGUUACCACAGAAAGCACCAAAGACUCAAACAUAGGACUUUCAGGCACUCUUAAAAAGGAUGGUAGUAAGGCUGCUAAUGAGUCACCUGUCCUUGCGAUGAGACGUAAGUUUGAAUCUAGGAUUUCUGAUAUAUCUGAUAGAGUGCAUAAGACAAAAGAUAGAAAAGAAUCAAAGGAAAUGAAACCCAAUGAAUCUGUCGAAACACACCAAGAUGUCAUAAAAAUACACGACUCACCAGUUCUGGCAAUGCAGAGAAAGUUAGAGGCAAAGGUACAAGGAUAUUCAUUAAAAAAACGAAGUCAGUCUGAAGACAGGGCUGGAGAGCAGAAGACCAAAAAUGAAGGAACGAAGACACCAUUGUUCUCACAUCAUCGCCACACUCAGUCAGAUGGACUCAUUCACAAGAACGUUGACAUUCCAGAGAACCAGCUUGCCUCACAAUCUGCUACUACAAAAGCUACAAAGUCCAAAGAAUCAUUGGAAUCUUUACAAUCCUCUCAGACUCCUGAAAGUGAGCGCAGGUCUAGGUGGGACAGGUGGGGUUUGUCUCGAAGUAAGCGAGACAGAUCCAAAUCAAAUACUCCUUCAAAUGCAAAAGAAGACUUCCCUCCGGUUUUCCAUAUCAGACUUAAGGACCAUAUUCUUCUUGAAGGAGAUCCUGUCACACUUUGUUGUCUUCCUGCCGGUAGCCCUGAUCCAAAAAUAGUGUGGAUAAAAGAUAAGAAACCUUUGGAGAUUUGUAGCAGGAAUAGCUUAAUUGCCUGCCCUGAUGGAAGACAACUCCUGAUGAUCAUGAAGACUUCUAAGACGGAUGCAGGACUCUAUGAAUGUUUAGCCACCAAUAACAUGGGCUCUACAUUUACUUCAUGCGCUCUAUCUUUUGCCUGUGUGCCGAAAUGCCCAGGAACCCCGGAGAUUCCACAGAUAUACAACAAUACCGCUCUUGUGCUAUGGAAACCGUCAGACACCAAAGCCCCUUGCACUUACUCCCUUGAGAGGAAAUUUGAGGGUGAUGCUAAAUGGUUGAUUGUAGCGACAGGGCUGACUGAUUGUUUCUACAACACCACCGAUCUUCCCUCUGGUUCUAUCAUUCGAUUCCGUGUGGCGUGUGUUAAUAAAGCUGGUCAAAGCCCAUACAGUAACAUAUCAGACCCAGUGGGAAUUGACAUUGAAGUGGCACAACCCUCUCAGCCUCCCACAGGGGUGACACCUACCUCCGCUUCCUGCCCUGUUGACACAUCCACCUUGAUUCCUUCCUCUAUCGCUUCUCCUAGCUCUGUAGGCUUGACCUUAAAAACAAAACCAACCUUACCCCCUGCAACAUCUGAACCUAAUACUGCUAGCAUAUUCCUCACCUCAAAGGGAAUAAAAUCUGAUAUCACACCCAAAGUCCCUGUUUCUUUCGUCAUCCCCCAAAAAUCCCUCCCUCCUCUUGUUCUUCCCAAACCAACAAGUCCUAUUAAUGUGGUCCCCCCUUUAACCCAAACGCAGACUGUGUCUCCAAGGUCAUACACAGCUCCACCCUCAGUGGGCACUCCAUGUUCCCCUGUCCCUACAUUUGUUCCGACCACAACAGCUUGGGUCACCCCCACCCCUGUCUCUCCACAUGUGGAUAUUAGUCCAUUAAGACAGAGGGCAAACUCACCCACAACCGAAACACAUGAAGGACGAGCGGCCCCCUCUACCAAAACUGAGAUCAGUUUGAAGCAAGCCGUACCUCAAAAACCAUACGUCUUUUUGGAUGAGAAAGCCAGGGGUCGGUUUGGAGUGAUAAGAGACUGCAGAGAAAAUGCAACAGGGAAGAUGUUCAUGGCUAAGAUAGUUCCUUAUGAUCAGGAGACCAAGAAUACCGUUGUCCGAGAGUAUGAGAUACUAAAAUCUCUCCACAGUGAGAGAAUCAUGACCCUACAUGAAGCUUUCAUCACACCUCGAUACGUUGUGCUCAUAACAGAGUCCUGCACAGGCAAAGAGAUCCUUUACAGCCUCACAGACAGGUUCCGUUAUUCUGAAGAUGAUAUAGUGGGCUUCAUCGUCCAGAUUCUUCAAGGUUUGGAAUACCUCCACAACCACCGGAUUCUUCAUUUAGACAUUAAACCAGACAACAUCAUGGUCACCAACCUCAGCGUGAUUAAGAUCAUAGACUUUGGCAGUGCCCAAAGCUUUAACCCUCUUUCUCUCCAAAAUUACAGCAGAGAUCUUGGGACUCUGGAGUAUAUGGCUCCAGAAAUGCUGAAAGGAGAUCUAGUAGGACCCCCAGCAGAAAUCUGGAGCUUGGGAAUUCUUUCCUACAUCAUGCUGAGUGGAAGACUUCCUUACCACGAGAAAGACCAGAGACAGACUGAAGCCAAAAUCCAUACAGCAAAAUUUGACUCAACGAAGCUCUACCCAAAUGUGUCCCAAAGUGCCUCUACAUUCCUGAAGAAGACACUAAAUGGAUAUCCAUGGUCACGACCAACCAUUAAGGACUGCUUAAAUCAUGCAUGGCUUCAGGACUCAUAUCUGGUGAAGCUACGUCGUCAGACCUUGACUUUCACUACCACACGCCUCAAGGAAUUCCUAGGCGAUCACCAGCGCAGACGUGCAGAGGCAGCUACACAACACAAGGUUCUCCUGAGAGCCUACCCUUUGUUAGGGCCUCCAUCUCCAGCCUCGCCAACCAUGCCAAGCUCACCAAGCACACCUGUCAGUCCGUAAAACAUGGACUUGACCAGCAUCCGGCAUGAAGCCUGAAAUACAUUGUAAGUUAAGAACACAGAUGCUGGCAGAGAACUGAAUUUUGGGUAUGGUCUUGGACCAUGUCACAAAACACUAUUUUAGUGUUGUUGAUAUGUUUAUGUACCUGUUGUUUCAUGGUGAUGACAUAUUGCAUGAAGAGCAAUACUGUUUUAUUUCAAUGAAUGUAUCAGAUUGUGUAACUUGUUUAUAUGAUGUGUAGGUUGCUACUGCAUUUGUUUGCAUUUGUAUAAAUAAUAUAUUUUAACAAACUUGAAUACAUAAGAACUAUGAAGACAUUUUAAGACCUAUUAAGGACUGUCUAUGAUGCUGAAUUGUUUUUUUCCUAAUUUAUUAGUUUUUUCUAGAGAAUUCUUACAAUGCACUUGCAUCAUGUCUGCAGUAUUAAAUGCCUGAUUGAUGAAUGUAUUAAAUAUUUACUGUAAGAAACGUGAUGCGGUGUUAAGCUUCAUUCAGGUUUAGGUAAUGCUCAUGCACACUAGGAUUCCAAGAGGUUUCAUAGUUUGUUGUCCCCUCUUUGUAUGUUAUUUUACUGCUGCUGUGUAAAUCUCAGUUUGUUGUUUUGUAAUGAGUGGGUAUGGGUAAUGUGAUAAAAAUAAAUUUAUAAAUAUAUACUUGGAUUCUUUUAGCAGUUUAAAAUAAAACAGAAAAGAAAAAAGA